GGUAGGUGUCAGUGUCGCGCAGCAAGCCCGUGACGUUUCACUAGAAGUGCGCCAUCCGUAGAAGAGGAGUUAGGAGUUUCCGUUUUUCAGGCCUUCAGUAUUUUGCUGUGGCUAAUGGGCUAGCUACCGCUACUCGAGCUAAACGCCGGCGUUCUGGCCCGAUUCGGAACAUCUCACAAAGCGACCAUGGACAAGCUGUUUGCGGUUUGCUGCGGGGACACACCAGACUAUUGAUUCGGCUCCAAUUUGGUUUCCCUGUGAAAGAAGGGAGCUUCAGAGGACUGCACAUCACCAGUGAACACAUCCAUGCCCAGCCUGGUCAUGGAGAGACAGCGGCAAACAAUGCAAAAUAUCCUGGAGGAUGGAUUAGGCAGGGAUUUGAUGGAUGCCGGCCGGUUUUGCUUCAACUGUGAGCAGAUAUUUUCCGAACGGUUAUCCCUAGAGCAACACAUGUGUCCUGCUUCAACUCACAUCUGCUCCUGUGGAACUGAGUUUACACGCUACGCAGACAUGUUAGACCACAGCACGACACAUGAACCAGGGCACCAAGUCCUUGACCACGAAACGAUAAGAAAGCGCAGAAUUGAGAAGCUCAUAGCAGAGGAGGAGCAGCUGAAAAGAUUACAGACCGGUGACGUUAUCUGGGAGGCACCGAAAUUGAACAGUGUGCCAUCAAAAUCAUUGGCAGUGAAGCCCAUGCCGCAGGUACCCAUUCAAUCAGCUCAUAAGCCACAGGUUCCCAUGCAGUCUGCACAGAUUUCACAAGUGCCUCAGUUGUACCCCUCUGCCUCCCUUCCCCAAAAUUCUGUCAGCUCUGCAGAGGGCGUGAAGAAUGUUUUUGCAGGUACAGGUGCACCAACCGUGGAUCUUUGGACACUUUACCAGCCAGUUGUUUUGCUUAAAACAUCUCGUCAGUUUAACAAGAUAAUGCCAUACGGUUGUGGUAAAUGUGGGCAGUGCUUUUCAUCAAAAACUUCUCUUAUAUCCCACCACAGCUGUCACGUCACAGAUAAGGUUUCAGGCUGUGUAGGAUGCGGGCUGCUGCUCUCGAGCAAAAAAGUGGUGCCUCGCUUCCAUGUCUGUAACUCACCCAACACUGCCACCAAAUUCAGACUCAUUACUGCGAGACCGCUGGGAUUCAAGAUGUCAAUUAAAGCCAGUACAGAGGGUCAGAAACUGAGUGCCCAGGGACCACAGGCUUCUACCUCUUUACAGCUGAAAAAGCAGUAUCCCAGUGUAACCAAUAAAGGCAUCCGGAGACCUUUUGUCACUUCCAACCUGCAAUUAAAACACCAGGAUAUCAGAAAAUACCACAAAAGCGAUCAAGGGCGUCAUGUCACUCCGUCGCUGCAGUCAAGGAUUUGGAGUCCUAGCACAUCCAAACUUUACAACACUGUCUCCCUUCCAUCCAAGAGUCAGAGUCCAAGUCUGAGUGCAUCCAAUAAAAACAGUCACUGGAUUCCUAACUCUAUGCAGUCGAAGAUGCCCACAAACAUUGCUUCAGCUGUAUCGAGCAAACCUACGCAGAUGUCCUCUGCAUCAAAUAUAUUCAAAUGUCGAGUCUGUCAUCUUCUUUUUGAAUCUGCUCAGCUCCUUCAGAGGCACAAGUGUAUCAGAGCACGAGAGUUUAUGGCACAGCAUGGCCCGGGUGGCAGACAGCAAUACAAAAUAAAGACAGUGACACCAGUGACAAGCCCAGUUCCCAUUCAGAUGAAUGGUGAGAGAAGAUUCCAGGUCCCAACUGACGGUAACAUGAAGAGAAACCAAGUUGUGGCUAUUGGUCUGGACAGAGAGCAAGAUGCAGUUCCUGUGAAUAAGAAAACAGGAGUGGUUAUGGAUGAUGAUUGUUAUAUUGUUGAAAGUGGACCAAACAAACCUGCUGAGAUGAUUUACCAAGUAACCUCAUCUGUUCCUAUUAAAACUUGACAAAACUAGAGCGCUACACCCAGUUUGCAUGUUAAUUUUGGACCAAGUGCAGUAACAUUGCAGCCACUACGAUGAGCAGCAUCCACUGGUUUAAGUUGAUCACAAAGGAACACUCCCAAGUACUUUCAAAGAUUUAUAAUUGUAGGAUGCUUAGUGACAAUAGACAUGCAUCUUAAGCUGGAUUUCUCUCCUCAGUACAGAAACAGGAUUAACUACAGACACAAGAGUCUGAAGUUGGUAUCUCUAUGGAAAUUGAAAAUGUACAUCAACAUUGCUCAUUAUUAAAUGUUUGUGCAUGGUUCAUCCUUAUUUGAUGGGAUAACCAGGCACUGCGCUUUGCAAUUUAUGUUUUUGUAUGACCAGGUGUUGUGUUGUGUGACUGGAAACUGACCAUGAUACCUUAUGUGGUCUUGUCAGUUUUGGGAAACUUCGAGAAUACAAUAUAUGUUGUAUUAAACUGUAUUUUUAAAUUCAGCGUGUGUGUGUGUGUUUGGCUAGGAGAAUGCAAAAAUGCCUUAUUAUUUGUGAGAUUAUUCACAUGAUAACUUGACUGAAUGUAUAGUAACUUUAACCCAAGAGCUAUGCAAACACUUACACUGAUAAUAUAUGUAAUACAACAGAAAAGUCCAGUUUAUGAUGCAUGACAAGCACAGUAAAUGUAACACUCAAAAAAUAU